AUGUACGCGUCGAGAUGGCUCACGCUGGUGCUCUCCCAGUUCGUCAUGGUGUCGUCGGGCACCCUGUACCUGUUCCCGGUGUACAGCCCGAUGCUCAAGUCCAGGUUGGACCUGACCCAGGAGGAGGUCAACUUCGUGGGGAGCGCCGCACACUUCGGAGCGUUCUUCUCGGUGUUCGGCGGGUUCUUCUACGACGCGUUCGGCCCCCGCGCCACGCUCACGCUGGGAGGCGCGCUCAAGCUCGGGGGUCUCUUGACCAUGGCGCUGACGAUCCAGGGCGUCGCGCCCCAGAGCCACCGCUUCGCCGCCUUCUGCGCGUGGGUGUUCGGCACGGGCUGCUCCACGUCACUUACCGCGUCGUUGGGCGCCAACUACGCCACCUUCAAGGACCACAACCUGCACGGCCGCCUCGUCGGGCUCAUCCUCGCCUUCUUCGGCCUCAGCAGCGGGAUCCUAUCCCUGGUGUACGACGUGUUCUUCACGUCGCCGGUGUCGUUCGUGUACUUCCUCGCGCUCUUCGCGGGAGGCAUGGACCUGUUCGCCGCGACCCUCGUCGGAUCGCCCAAGAACCUCGCACUUCCGGACGACGAACCCGAGGGGGGACGCGGCCUGCCCCUGGGGGGCGUGGGGCCGGCGCCCGCGGGCACCGUCGCGAGGCUCUUCGGAGCGGCGGACCACGACGCCAAGCUCACCCGCGGCCUCACCCUGUGCGGCGCCGUGGCGAUUCACGUCGCCGUGAGCGCGUUACUGAUCCAAUCCGCGGGCGGCGUCGCGGCGGUGACGAUCGCGUGCCUGCUGGUGACCGGAGCGCUGAUGACGGCUCAGUCGUGGUCCUUGCUCGGCGGCGGAGGAAGGGUCGCGUUUCGGCGAAACGAGAUGGCGCAGGUGGACCCUCGAUUAAACGCCGCCAACAAGGCUGCGCUCGAGGGCGUGGGCCCGGCGAAGCUCCCGUUCUUGCUGGACUUUUGGCUCUUCUUCAUCGCCAUGAUGCUCGGCAUCGGCGCGGGCGUGACGGUGGUCAACAACCUAUCGCAGAUGGUCUCCGCGUACCCGACUCUGGCGCCCGACGCCGCCGCGACGUCCCGGUCGCUCAUGAAACUUCUCGCGUGCACCAACACCCUGGGCAGGCUGGCGUCCGGAUCGCUGUCCGAUAAGCUCGCGCACAAGGUGGGGCGCGUGCAGUUCACCGUGUACCUGCUCGCGCUCAUGGCGGUCGGUCAGUGUAUCUUGGCGGCGAUGGGGGGCGAGAGCGCGCCGCUCUUUGGGCUGGUGGUUGGCGUGUUCGUCGUGGGUUGGGCGUUCGGCGCGCUGUUUUGGGCGACUCCGCUGCUGGUCAUGGAGCUGUUCGGUCCCAAGAACUUCGGCGCGAACCGCGGUCUCGUGGGUCUGUCCCCCGCCAUCGGCGGCUACGUCAUGAGCACGCUGGUGGCUGGCAGGGUGUACGCGGCGAGCGCGGGGUCGAACAACGACUGCGACGACGGCGCGGCGUGUUACGGACGAGCGUGGGUGUUCAACGCGUUCGCGGUGGUGGUGGCGACGGGGAUGAUGUGGUGGCUCGCGAGACGACGGGCGAGGGGGCGCGGGAUGGGUCCGAUCACGUAG